AUGAUCGCAUCAGCACAUGCACUAUUUUCGAUGUUAGCUAAUGCAACCAAACAUAGUCAAUUAUCAAAUAUCAGCCAACAUUUAUCACUACAGCAUACCACUCAACAAACGAAGAAAAUUAUCAAUGAUACAUUGCACUUAAUUAAUAAUACUACUGAUGAUAUUAAUACUUCAACAAUAAGGCUGAUAACAUCAACACUAUCAACAACAAUAACAGCGACAACAACAACAACAACAACAACAGUAUCAGCAGCAGCUACAAUAACAGCAAUAACUUCUCCAUCUGUUAUUGAUACUAUUAUUUCUACCUCAACAAUAACAACAACUGCUACUGCUAUUACUACAACUCCUACAACUAUUGUUACUCUUACUACUAUUACAAAUGCUGAAACUGUUAACUGGAAACCUGAUAGUACAGCUGAUGAAUAUGAUGAAAAUACGAGUAAUAUUAUUAGUCGUUCAAGAAGUUCAACGAAUUUGGAAUUUGCAAUGUCUACUUCAACUAUGAAUAAAAUUAUACCAGACGAGAUUAUUAAUAGGAAAAGUUUAAAAAAAUAUCCAAAAGUAUUAGAUGUAGCAACCAUCGGCAGAAGUGAUAUAUUUCCAGAAGUCACUUCGGAAAUGUUGAAUAAUAUGACAACAACAACAACAACAACAACAACAACAACAACANNNACAACAACAACAACAACAACAACAACAACAACAACAACUACGGUUCAAAGAGGAAAUGCUUCUUAUAGUGAUGUUACACUGAAUGAAAUCGAACAAAAGCACGAAAGCACGAAAAUUUCACCUAUCAAUGAAACCAAAAAUCCAUUUUUGGGGUCAAUUAGUAGCACUAUGUUUACAAAUUCACAUAUCACUUUAUUGGUUCCUGGAAAUAGCAAUAUCACAAGCACAAUAUUUACUGAUAGUAGUAGUACAAUCAGCACCACCGAAGCAUUUCCAAUCACUUAUGCAAGUAAUGAAAUUAUCCAUCAUCAACCAGUGUACAAUACGAUAAUGGCAUUUACAAAUGUAAAUGAUGUGACAGAGACAUUUUCAUCAACAUUGCCAACAACGAUGAAAUUUGUCGUACCAACAAUAUUAUCAGACACUGAACAAAAUUCAGGAAAUGCAGAAACUCUAUCUUCAUUAUCAUCACCAUCAUCAUCAUCAUCAUCGUCAUCGUCAUCAUUAUUAUCAUCAUUAACAACAUCAACAGAAGCAACAACUACAACUAUGGUUGAUACUAUUACAGCUAUAACAACAAUACCAGAAACAAUAACAACAACAACAACAGCAACAACAACAGCAACAACAAUAACAACAACAGCAACGACAACAGCAACGACAACAGCAACGACAACAGCAACGACAACAGCAACGACAACAACAAUGACAACAAUAACAACAACAUCAACAUCAACAACAACAAUGAUGCCAACUGAAACAACAACAAUAACAGCUGAAACAACAAAAAUGAUUGAUGAACAUUCAAUGAUUGCAACAUUACCAGUACCAUUAUCCACUGUUGUUGCAGAAAAUGAUAAUAAAGUUUCAAUUCAAAGCGUAGCAGAAAUUGCUUCAACAAAUGUAACGAUCGGUUCAUACAGCGUAAACAAAUCAUUGCCAUAUGUGAAUGGAACAGAACGAGCAUCCAAACAUGCAGUUAUCUUUGAUAUCUUUCAUAACGGACAACCAGUUCAAGCGGUAGUUGUUGGGAGUAAAAUUACACUUAGCUUUAUUCCCUAUUUUGCUAUUCCACCGAUAUAUAUGAGUAUAAAGGGAUGUCAAGUUGAACCGAUCGGAUCACUUUAUGAAUGGGAACGUGAACCGUUAGCAAUAAUUAAGGAUGGCUGUCAAGCGGAUCAUGUUGGUCUUGUUUGUCCACCGCAAAAGACUGAAUAUGGUAUUCGAGUAACGGUUGAAUCAUUUCGAUAUCAGACAACAUCACAAGUACAAUAUUCCUGUCUUAUCAGGAUUUGCCCCUUCACACCAUGUCCAAUGGAAACGUGUGAGGAAGUAGAAGGUUGUGGUAACUCAAAUUUGCUAUCUAAUACGUUCGGGUUACGUUCCAAACGUCAUAUUACAAUCGAAGAAAUACGCGCAGCACUAGCAGCAAAUCCUGACUUACAACGGCAAAUACGAUUGAUGAACCGUUUUGGUACACAAAGUCAAACAACAUCAGAAACGCAACAACAAUUGAUUGAACUUGGAGGCGAUCACAUUGUUAAAAAACAAUUAGUAGUUGUGAAUUCCGAGGAUGAACUAAGAUACUACGUACGGACAGGUGAUGUACCUUAA